AUGAUCACUGCCAAACAGGAAAUUUAUACACAUGUAUCUCUAAAUGUGUUCCUGUACAAUUUACCCGCUUAUCUAGUACGUUUGGUUCGCCUCAGAAACGGACCAACUUUAGAAGACGCCCUGAAAAUAGUUUUGAAAGAACAAAACUUCCAAACUGUUUACGAUUACAAAAAUAGGAAUAUAGAGUUCGGAAACCUUAGAUACAAUAAUAAUUACCAAUAUAAUAAUCAGCGUCAACCCAUCUUUUCGGCACCAAACAGGCCACAUAAUAGUAAUUUUUCUCAUAAUUUCAAUAAUAGACCUCAAUAUAAUAAUUCACAAAAUAAUAAUGAUGACUCCAAUUUUAGAACCCCCAACAAUAACUUUACACCAAAUAGCUUUAUGCAAUCACGUAAUUCAUUCAGGUCAAAUAUUACGCGACCUAGCCAGUGGCAACAACCGGCCUUUAACCGGUCAACGCAGAAUCAGCAGUUUGCGGACAAUGCCCCGCGUAAUACGAGCAGUCCAUAUGUUGGGUCAGGUAGCAACACUGACGUAACAAUGCGCACGGCUAGCUCGAGACGUAUUAAUUUCAUAGAUAGCGAAUUUGUAAACAAUGACGAACCUGUCUCGGGAUCGUCUGGGGAACCCGACAUCGCAGAAAAUUUUUGCGUAAGGGCCUCACCGAUAGAGAAACCAUAA